AUGCCUGCAUACCACUCUAUCUUCCUCGAUGAGGAGGGAGUGCAGACGAUAGGAAACUUCCCUAUCCUCCCCCUCCGCACUCGCACACGUGGACCGGCAUAUACACUACCACUUCUGCCCCCAGGAUCCUCCGACAUCGACAUCGACCCAGAUAGCGAAUCAUAUGACUGUCUUGAUGAAGUUCUCUCCCUAUACCGGGCGAAUACGUUCUUCCGGAAUUUUGAAAUUAAGGGUCCUGCAGACCGGAUGAUGAUUUACGGCAUAUUAUUUGUGAGCGAGUGUCUGGGGAAAGUCAAGCCAAACAUGGCGUCGAGGGAAGCGGAGAAGGCUCUUAUCAACGCCUCCCUAGACCACUUUGCGAUACCGGGUGACGCAGCAUUUCCCCUCAACCAAGCAUUUGAGCCUCCAAAGGAUCGUCAAGAUGCUGAGGCUUUGAGACAGUAUGUUAACAUUACCCCCCACGACUUUAUAUCCAUUACCCAUGUCUUUGAAAUACCCAUGUAG